GAUCAUAACUCAUUUGGUUUUUCCAGUCUUUUCAGAAUCCACCAUUAUUCUUUAACAGCAGUUAUUCCCCUUCCACUCCGCCUCUCUCACCACCAUUUUCUCUCUCCUCUCCUCGAGCUCCCCACAUUGAGCUUGCAUGCUCAUGACCGUUUGAUCUUCAAGCUUUUUUUAUUCAUUCACAAGAUUAUUUUUGAUGAUGACGAUAAUUUUAUAGGUCGCUAUUAUCUGCUUACACAAAUUAAGUGUUGCUCGAAGUAGUGUUGUGGCCUCAUGAUGAUGGCUCUGACAUGGCUGAGUGCAAUUUUAGUUGGAGCAGGAUGUCUUGCAUUGGGAUACUACUUUGGUGCACGUCAUCCUGCUCAAUUCUUUGUUUCAGCUACAUCAUCUAAAGAUAGUGUGACUAGUAGUGGAAGCAAGAAAAAACGUGCCCAAGAUCCCCUUGAGAUUGAAAAGCUUGCUGACAUUCUCCAAGAUUUUAAAAUGGUAUUGGUAGUGAGGAAUGACUUGAAGAUGGGGAAAGGAAAGAUUGCCGCACAAUGCAGUCAUGCAACCUUGGGUCUUUACAAGAAGCUCCAUAACCGGGCACCAAAAGCAUUAAAUAGGUGGGAGAUGUGUGGGCAGGUUAAAGUAGUUGUCAAAACUGAAAGCGAGGAAGAUAUGUUAGCUUUACAGGGAAGGGCUAAGUCAGUUCAUAUACCUACACAUAUUGUAAUAGACGCUGGAAGAACUCAAAUAGCGCCAAAUUCUCGAACUGUCAUGGCUGUUCUAGGACCUGCUGACAUGGUUGACGAUGUGACGGGUGGACUGAAGCUUCUUUGAUUGGCUGCCACGAGGCCCACGGACAAGGCCUAUUAAGCUUAUUAUGAUAAUCAGGACUGGGGCCUGGAAUGGCGAAGCUGAGGAUCUUCAUAGCUAACAACAUGUGAAAGUAUUAUUUUAUGGGGUAAAUUUUUCUUGAAGUUGAAUCAAUUGAAUGAAUAUAUUGUUGUUUAGUCAUCUUGUUGGCUUUAUAAAUUGGUGUUACUGUUAUUA